UUUUUAGCGGCUUUCCCUUUUUUCUCCUUUUUUUUUUUUUUUUUUCAUUUUUCCCCUGCCCCUCCCGGCCGCCGCCGUGAGGAGUGAGGUGGGCUCGGGCUGCUCUGUCGUGUGAGGGUCUAUGGUGGUAGCACGGGGGUGGUGAGGGCUGAGCAGGGGUCUCGCCGCCGCGCCCGCCGCCGCUGAGGAGGAGGAGGAGGAGAGGGAGGAGGAAGAGGCGAGGCACGGCACCAUUUGCUGCUCCCUGCCCCGGCCAUGGAGAACGCGCACACAAAGACUGUGGAGGAAGUUUUGGCUUAUUUCGGCGUCAACGAGAGCACCGGGCUCAGCCUCGAGCAAGUCAAGAAGCUGAAGGAGAAAUGGGGCUCCAACGAGCUGCCGGCUGAGGAAGGAAAAACCUUACUCGAGCUUGUGAUUGAGCAAUUUGAAGACUUACUAGUUAGAAUUUUGUUGCUGGCUGCUUGCAUAUCUUUUGUCCUGGCCUGGUUUGAAGAAGGUGAAGAAACAAUCACAGCAUUUGUAGAGCCUUUUGUAAUCUUACUUAUUUUAGUAGCCAAUGCCAUUGUGGGAGUGUGGCAGGAAAGAAAUGCCGAAAAUGCUAUUGAAGCUCUUAAAGAGUAUGAACCAGAAAUGGGCAAAGUGUAUCGACAAGACCGAAAAAGUGUCCAGAGGAUUAAAGCCAGAGACAUUGUCCCAGGGGAUAUUGUGGAAGUGGCAGUUGGAGACAAGGUUCCUGCUGAUAUAAGAAUUACUUCUAUCAAGUCUACAACUCUAAGGGUAGACCAGUCAAUUCUCACAGGUGAAUCUGUGUCUGUUAUUAAGCACACUGACCCUGUGCCUGAUCCUCGUGCUGUAAACCAAGACAAGAAGAACAUGCUCUUUUCUGGUACAAACAUUGCUGCUGGUAAGGCCAUGGGAGUGGUUAUUGCAACAGGAGUGAACACUGAAAUUGGGAAAAUUCGUGAUGAGAUGGUGGCUACUGAGCAGGAGAGAACCCCCCUGCAGCAGAAACUGGAUGAGUUUGGGGAGCAGCUGUCCAAAGUCAUCUCCCUCAUCUGCAUUGCAGUUUGGAUAAUAAACAUUGGUCACUUCAACGACCCCGUUCACGGCGGCUCCUGGAUCCGAGGUGCCAUCUAUUACUUCAAAAUCGCUGUUGCUCUUGCUGUGGCUGCCAUUCCCGAGGGUCUCCCUGCUGUCAUCACCACCUGCCUGGCUCUGGGAACUCGCAGGAUGGCCAAGAAGAACGCCAUUGUCAGGAGUCUGCCCUCUGUGGAAACCUUGGGCUGCACCUCAGUCAUUUGUUCUGACAAGACUGGUACUCUGACCACGAACCAGAUGUCAGUGUGCAGGAUGUUUAUCCUGGACAGAGUAGAAGGAGACAGCUGUUCCCUCAACGAAUUUACUGUAACUGGUUCAACAUAUGCUCCCAUGGGAGAAGUGCACAAAGAUGACAAACUCAUUAAAUGUAGUCAGUAUGAUGGACUUGUGGAACUCGCAACGAUCUGUGCACUCUGCAAUGAUUCCUCUUUGGAUUACAAUGAGGCUAAGGGAGUUUAUGAGAAGGUUGGUGAAGCCACAGAAACAGCACUUACCUGCCUGGUGGAGAAGAUGAAUGUGUUUGACACAGACCUGAAAGGACUCUCUAGAAUCGAACGUGCCAAUGCUUGUAACUCGGUGAUAAAACAACUCAUGAAGAAAGAAUUCACUCUGGAAUUCUCAAGAGACAGAAAGUCCAUGUCUGUCUACUGCACACCCAACAAACCGAGCCGCACGUCCAUGAGCAAGAUGUUUGUGAAGGGUGCUCCUGAAGGUGUGAUUGACAGGUGUACACAUGUCCGUGUUGGAAAUGCUAAAAUACCAUUAACCCCAGGAAUUAAGCAGAAAAUAAUGUCAGUCAUUAGGGAAUGGGGAACUGGUAGAGAUACACUGCGUUGCUUGGCUCUGGCGACCCACGACAAUCCUCCCAAAAAGGAGGAGAUGAAUCUGGAGGACUCCUCAAAUUUCAUUAACUACGAGACCAACUUGACCUUUGUGGGCUGUGUGGGAAUGCUGGAUCCCCCGAGGAUUGAAGUAGCUUCAUCCAUCAAGCUGUGCAGACAGGCUGGCAUCAGGGUCAUCAUGAUCACUGGGGACAACAAGGGCACGGCCGUGGCCAUUUGCCGCCGCAUCGGGAUCUUUGUGGAGGACGAGGACGUUUCCACCAAAGCCUUCACGGGCCGGGAGUUCGAUGAGCUCUCGCUCGCUGCCCAGAGAGAUGCCUGUCACCAUGCCCGCUGCUUUGCUCGGGUGGAGCCUUCCCACAAAUCCAAGAUCGUGGAGUUUCUCCAGUCGUUCGAUGAGAUCACAGCCAUGACUGGUGAUGGUGUCAAUGAUGCCCCUGCACUGAAGAAGGCAGAAAUUGGAAUUGCUAUGGGUUCUGGCACUGCAGUGGCUAAAACUGCCUCUGAAAUGGUUUUAGCAGAUGACAAUUUCUCCACGAUCGUCGCUGCCGUGGAAGAAGGACGUGCCAUUUAUAACAACAUGAAGCAGUUCAUCCGGUACCUGAUCUCCUCCAACGUUGGGGAGGUUGUUUGCAUCUUCUUGACUGCUGCCCUGGGUUUUCCUGAAGCUCUGAUCCCUGUCCAGCUGCUGUGGGUAAACCUUGUGACUGAUGGUCUCCCUGCCACUGCUCUGGGCUUUAACCCUCCCGACCUCGACAUCAUGAACAAGCCCCCGCGCAACCCCAAAGAGCCCCUGAUCAGUGGGUGGCUCUUCUUCCGUUACCUGGCUAUUGGAUGCUACGUUGGUGCUGCCACAGUGGGUGCUGCUGCUUGGUGGUUUAUUGCUGCUGAUGGUGGUCCAAGAGUUUCCUUUUACCAGCUGAGCCAUUUUCUGCAGUGCAAAGAGGACAAUCCAGAUUUCUUCGGGGUCGACUGCGUGGUUUUCGAGUCCCCGUAUCCGAUGACAAUGGCUCUGUCUGUGCUCGUCACCAUAGAGAUGUGCAAUGCUCUCAACAGCCUGUCAGAAAACCAGUCCCUGAUGAGGAUGCCCCCGUGGGAGAACAUCUGGCUGGUGGGAGCCAUUUGCUUGUCCAUGUCCCUCCACUUCCUUAUCCUUUAUGUGGAACCACUGCCAAUUAUCUUCCAGAUCACGCCGUUGAACGUGACUCAGUGGCUGAUGGUGUUGAAAAUCUCCCUCCCUGUCAUUCUGCUGGAUGAAACACUUAAAUAUGUGGCCCGUAACUACCUGGAACCUGGUAAAGAUAGUGUGAGGCCUGCCACCAAACCCUGUGCUCUGUCAGCAUGCACCGAAGGAGUUUCCUGGCCGUUUGUGUUCAUUACUAUGCCCUUGGUUAUCUGGCUUUACAGCACAGACACUAACUUUAGUGAUAUGUUCUGGUCUUGACUGACAUGGUGACGAGUUUUACAUUCAAUGGAAAAAAAAAAAAAAGAGUUUAACUUAAUUUUUUUAUUGUUUAGAGCAACUGUCUAUUUCUGCUGAAUUUUCACAUGAACAUAUUUGCCGGUGAUGGAGGUUUCAUAAUCUAGAUUUUUGGUUUUUUGCUUUUUCUGACUUCAGUGGGGGCAAUAUAUUCCUCUUUUAUACACAGUUAAAGUGUCCAUUGACAUGUACAGAGAACUAACACUAUUUUAUGCAAAUAUUUUUUUGUAGAUGAAAAGCAUGUACAGUGUUCUGUUCAAUAGUCUAUUCAUCAUGUAAAAAAAAAAAAGUAAAUUUGUUUUGAGCCAGCGGACACUAUCAGACUAAAUUGGCAGCAGAUUUUAGGGAAUGAAUGUGUGUUGUCUAAAACUAAAAAAGCAUGUAACUGUUUGUCUUCUGCAUGAUCAUCCAAACUUAAUUUGUCAUAAAGUCAGGUUUGAUUCACGAGCAGAACUUUCUGCACUGGGUAGAGUCCUGCUCCCUCGGUCAGGAUUCCUUCUCAGUUCCCCUCUUCCCUCACUCUUGGUUCUUGACUGUCCUUGUUUACACCAGUUUCUGUAUGAGGUAAUGCCUAAUCUUGCUCGUGCAGAAAAUACCAUUCCAGCUGCAGCCUGCUGGGGUUCUUCCAUACUCUCAACACAAAUAGGGUUGUGUUUUUUUUAAGAUUAUUUAUUUUGUCUAUUGUAUUUUAUUGUAACAAGACCUUAUUUUGCCAGUGUUGCCCAUUUUGCAGGGACAGGGAGGGCUACUUCUGUCUCCUUAAAUCUAAAGCCUUUUUAACAAACACAAUCUAUUUGAAUUCAAAAGAGGGUUUAAGUUGGGGGUUAAUACUUUAUUUACACAUCAGAGCCUUUCUUUUUCUUUCUCUUUUUUUCCCCCCCUUUAAGAUCAAAAUUUGCAAUGAGACCUGGAAAAAUUACUUGCACUGCAUAGGUAGAAAUUAGAUUUCCUACACUUAGGGCACUAAUGCUCAGUUGUAUCCAUGGGGUUACUCUGCUGGCCUGUUGUAAGCCUGACUUGAAGUAACAAGCUCGUGUGUGUUUUUUGUAAAAUCUGUAAAUAGCACAUGACCAAAUUGAACAUAUUGUAUAGAACUAUUUUUAUUUUGAUGUGGCACUAACCACCUUCAUUAUUACGGUAAAUGUUAAAGCAUGUUUUCAAAUUCAGUCCUGUAUCAACAAUGUGUAAGUCAUUAACAGUCCUAACUGUGGUGUUUUUCUCCAAUGCCUUCCAACUUUCAUCGACUAAAGUGAGUAUUUCUCUUCCAUUUCACCCUGCCAGUGGUGACUUGCUGUAAAAUAGCAUUAUGAUGUAUACAUGUUGAAGAAUAAAUAGUAAUUUCCUUCAUUCCCAUGCUGUGUUUUGUCAAACUCUGCUGUGCUACAUUAUUAUCACCACUUUAGACUCUUGUUUUGUGGUCUGAAGCUCAAAUUACUGAUUCCAAAGGCAAAGCACUUGCUUUUGGUUUAGCGUAUUUUAGGGUCUUGUUUUAUAGCACCUGGGAGCCUUAGUGCCCCGAGGUCUUACAGCUUUUGGUCUUAAGUUACAGAUUUGUCUAAUUUUAUCUCAAACUUAAGACUCUGACAGCUGUGAACGUGAAUGUUUAGUGUCCAAAACUCUCUGGUACUCGUGGUCAGGUGCUGGUUUACUCCAAAGCUUUUCCCUGCUCUGAAAUAGGGGCUCCCACCCUUCCCUCAUCCCUGGUACCAGCAGUGCUCAAAGGGCAGGUGCUGCUCCUGGCAAAAGCAGCUCAUUAUUUGUACAAUGGCCAUCUGAGAAGGCAAAAGAACAGUCUCAGCUUAACAGGACAGACUCUGAAACCUGUCCUGGGGUCACUGUGUCUGUAGAGCAGCAGGUGCUGUGUUAUCUUGUGCUGGCUCAGGCUGAGUAACCAAAUUCAGGCAGCUUUGUGAUCCCUCCUGGAGGGACAGGACAGUUCCAGGCUGUGUCCUGUUGGUGCCAGCUGGAAUCCAGCAAGCACACAUCAUUCUCUUGGUUUAAGCUCUCAAAUAUAGACUCUCCCCUCAGAACACUCAGGCUCUAUCAGAAAUUCCACUGCAUUGUGAGUGCUCUGUUUACAGAGACUUUGACUUGUCUGAGUUGGUGCUGGAGAGGCUCAGUAGGAGCUGACCUGAUGAUGCAGUAGGUGUGUUGCUGAACUGUGAGCAUUUUAAAUCCCCUUGAAUGCCCUUUUUUAGUGUGGAAGAGCCAAACUAAGGUUUUGCAUUCCACAAAACCACUGGCCUGCACUGGCCAUUUGCUGUAUCAAUAACAAAUGAGCAGCAUGAAGCUUGACCCUGUUUCUUGAAAUGGAAAAAUAAUAGUUCAUGUGAUUCAGGAUUCCUUGAGAUCAAAAUAUGUCCCAGUACGUUACUUGUUGGAAACAAAUACUAGCAAGUUAGUUCUGUGUCCUCCCAAUGUCAUUGACAGACAUUUUCCAGGGCAGGAAUGCCACUGAAUCCUUGAGCACUGGUUCUGUUGAACCUGCAGAGCACCAUAUUGGUGGCCUUUUUAAAGCCACCAUGAGUGAUCCUGCUUCUUGUACAAUCCUAUUCCUGUCUUUUAUGCCAAAUGAUCUUGCUAUUUGGCCCCUUUUUCCUUCUCUAAGAAAGUGAAGGGGGAAAUGACUGUCGAUAAAUAGAAUUCAGUCUUCAACACCUGUCUGUGUUGAAAAUGAAUCUUGCUGCUUGUGUCCUGGAUUUCCACAGACAUCUGAGAGCUUGCUCAUGUCUUGGAGGCACUUGGGAUAGGGCCUUGUGUUCCUUGAGUUUGCCCUAGAAAGCUGGAUGAGUGGUGGAUAAAUGGAGUGGGAUCCAUCCCUACAGGCUCCUGAGCUUACAGGAACAGUCAGCUUUUAUAAGGUGCUCCUACAGAGCCCAAGCAAUCUUCAUCUACCCUGAUUUUAUUUCUCCCAGUCUUGUCCAAAUCUUCCUGCAGAAGUGGAGCAAUAGAGUUCCCCGAGAUCAGCAGGUGCAGGUCUCAGGUUCAAUGGCAGCUGUGCUGUGCUUUAGGACUUCUGUUUUCCAGGUGUUGUAAAUCCCAGCCUUGUCUGGCCUGAAUUGGCCAAAUAUUAAGACCCACCAUGAACCUCUUCCUGGGCAGCUCAUCCUGCCCUGGAAUCACAACCUUGUGAUCCUGGAGGGAGUGCUGUGGGUCUGGGCUCCACCCUGGGAGCUGAGCAGGCAGUGGGAGUUGCAGUAGGAGAGAAGAAGGCAGCUUUUCUGAUGGCUUUUCUGUUCUAGAAAGUACAGAACUGCAGUGCAAGGUUUGGAAUCACUGCAGGAAAUGUGUUAACUCAAUUUACCUUAGUUGUAUAGAUCUUGUUAUCCUUCAGCCUCAGCCCUUUCAUCUGGAGAAGCCAGGAAGGGAGGACCUUUCAGAACAGGCUGACUUGCCAACAUCUUGAAGUUGAAAUUCUCAUUUAAUUUCUUUGGUCCCAAAUAUUUCCUCUCAAGCCUCCCCAGGUUGAAAUAGGGUAACUGGGGGUACAAAUAGAUAACUCCUAUUUUCCUGUUCCUAUUUUUUGUGUUCCUGAGAACAUACAAACAGCAGCACUUCCUCAAGCAGAAAUAGCUCAGAGUUCCCCAGGCUUGAUCUCCCACUCCAUUCUUAGAAAAUAACCUCAUAUUUUUUGUUUCUCUUUGCUCUCAUCUCACCAAGCUUUGUCAUCUCUGCUGUUUUCUGGAUUCCUUGGUGCCCUCACACGUUGCUGCUUAUUUUCUAGUGUGAGAGGGGUGUGUAAGACCAGGAUCAAUCGUGUGAUUGAUGCUGCCUUAUGCUGGGAACACCAGGAAGGAUAUUGGCUUGUGCUGGGAACCCAGUGGGGUUUGGAAUAAGAGCAGCUCCUCCUGAAUCCAGGGUUCUGUAGCAAGGAGGAUGCUCAGGCAGCUGCAGCCCUACACUAAAUAUUUAGACAGGAGCUUUUGUCUUUGCAGUGCCUUGGGCUCCCUCUGCUUUCACAUAUGAAUGAUCCAAAGUGCUGUCCAUGAGCUUACACAACGAGCUGCUCCUUCUUGCUGCCAUCCAAGCAAUAAAAAUAGUUCAUACUCGGUUUCCCAAAAUGUUAUUGCAAAUAAAUGAGGAUGAAAGAGGCUGCAGAAAAACAUACACCAGUCUGUCCAAGUGCUCCAGGGCUCGUGUUUGCAGGGAGUCUGGUUGGGAGGUUAAUGGUACGAAAAUGAGAUUUUAAUCUGCUGAUAGAAUGCAGUACAGCAGUUCUGUUCAGAGAACACAGCUCCUGCCCACAGUUCGUGGUAAACAGCCUAAAGAGGGUUCGAUUUGCUGAGAUGAAGGGAGGUAAAACCGAUACAGAGUCGUCUGUCUCUUGCACCUGUCUUGUUUUACUUUUUUGCACUUCUAACCAUUAACUGUUUCCCUAAUCUCUGCUAAUUACAUCCUUAAUUGCAUUAAUAUGCAUUUUCAAAUCUUAGCAGGAGAGCCCAAAUUUUACAGUGUCGAAGCAGUGUUUGGAAGAGCUUCCCUGGAGUUGUAGGGCCCCAGAGCACCCCAGGCUCUCCCAGACACAGGGCUGACCUUACGCUGUGGUGUGGGGGUGAAGUACAGGGGGAGCUUUAGGACCUUCUACUCUCCCCUUGGUCUACACAUUAAUCUGUGUAGUGUAAUGACUUCUUCAAAGCUUUCCUACUGCUUCCCAGAACAAGCUGCCUGGAAAAGGGACAUUGUUAGGUCACUUUGGGGACCAAACUUGGAAUAAUGCCUCGAUUAGAAAAACACCCUUAAAACCUUGAGCUCCACAUGUGUAGGGUGAAACUUGAAAAUAAAAAUUCCAAAUCAUUGACACUUGUCUGUUGCCACUGAUCAGGCAGAGAAAGGCAAAAGUUACUUGAAUGUCUUAAUUAUUUUUCACUGCAGUCUUUGCUAGGAAGUGCUGGCUCUGCUGGUUAUCAAGGGAGCUCUGCUCAGAGGAGCUGAGCUUUAAUCCAGAGGGUCUGAGCUUUAAGGACAAAGUAACCUGAGAGUGUCCCUUCAACGACAGAGCAGCCAGUUACCAAACUUAACAUUCUUUCUUCUGUCACUGUUGAUCUUAGUCUUGCUUGUAUAAUGAUAACUGAGCAUUCAUCCUUUCAUUAACUGAUGCCUUUUCUUUCUUUCCUUUUCAGCAAUACUGGAGUAAUCGCUUCCUAAACAAUUUUGCAGAAAUGUAAGGUUGUUUUGUUGCGUGCAUGUGUUUUUAGCAACACAUCUACCAAAACUUCUGCAUGUAUCGUGUAAAGAUUCUUUGCUUUCCCUAAAAAAACAAAAACUCAUUGUGUUCUCUGUGGAAGAAAUGUGUGGUACCAUUAGGACUCCAUGAUACAGAUGUACAAACGUGCAAUAUAGAUUUUCAAGGCGGAACUCUCUCCAGAGAAGGUUGGUUUCUGUGCUGCAUGGAGAAGAGUUGGGUUUUCCUUGAACAAGAAUCACGGAGCUGUCAGCCAAUUUCCCAUACUUCCUGUAUGUAAAAUGUCAGUUUAUACAAUGUACAAUAUCAGAUAAUGCAUGCCUUGGGUUGUAGAUGGAUCUCUCUGUAUUGUAUCAUCCAAACAUCCAACUCCAACAGCUUCUGUACAAUGCUCUCCUAUUUAUAAAUCCAUGGAAACGAUUACAGAUGAAUGUUAAACCGUAAGCCUCCACUUCAUAACUUUGGAUUUUUUUAUCAUCUGUGCAAAUCAACCUCUUUUGCACUGUAAUGUAACUUAUUUAAAUCUAAGGCAGUAAGACAGAUGUUGGUGCAAUACAAAAUAUUGUGAUGCAUUUAUCUAAAAAGCAACAACGACGUAGCCAGUUCCCACAGCUGCAUGUGCGACCUUUAGAAGUUGUAAAUAAGAUCAAUUGUCUAUUGACAUGCUGACAGUAAAAGGAGCAUCACACCUAGUUUCAUUUGUAUCAGGUAAAUAAAUUUAUUCUCCAAUACAUACUCGGCGUGGUAUUUGAUGCACUUUGUUUCCUGCAGGUCCGUGCUCUUCUUAUUUUAAUGCCAGGAUGCCACUUUUUAGCACCACCACAAUCUUCCCUCCUAGAACUAUGCAGAUGCAGCUGCUCCUCGGCAGUAUUGACCUCCUCGCUGGUGUGAUUUCCUCUGUCCAGGGGCUUGUGUGUGUGUUUAAGGGACACUGUCAAGUACUUUGAUCACUCAGUUUUUUUAAAAUGCUCCAUUGUUUGUAAAAUCCCUCUGAGAAAACGUAAAAUAAACAAUUCUUUCCCAACUA